AUGACCGUCUCAGCCUCCGCCCGACCCCUUCCUGCGCGUCCGCUCUUCCCCUGCGCCCGCCCGCGCCCCGGCCCCGCCCCAGGCCUCGCCCCCGCUUCGCCGCCGCCGCCGCCGCCGCCGGCGGCCGCAGCCAGGAGCAGCCGCUCGCCUGCAGACCGGCCCCGCGGAGCCCGCGCGCCGAGCCCCACAAUGGCUUAUUCAGAAGAGCAUAAAGGUAUGCCCUGUGGUUUCAUCCGCCAGAAUUCCGGCAACUCCAUUUCCUUGGACUUUGAGCCCAAUAUAGAGUACCAGUUUGUGGAGCGGUUGGAAGAGCGCUACAAAUGUGCCUUCUGCCACUCGGUGCUUCACAACCCCCACCAGACAGGAUGUGGGCACCGCUUCUGCCAGCACUGCAUCCUGUCCCUGAGAGAAUUAAACACAGUGCCAAUCUGCCCUGUAGAUAAGGAGGUCAUCAAUUCUCAGGAGGUUUUUAAAGACAAUUGCUGCAAAAGAGAAGUCCUCAACUUAUAUGUAUAUUGCAGCAAUGCUCCUGGAUGUAAUGCCAAGGUUAUUCUGGGCCGGUACCAGGAUCACCUUCAGCAGUGCUUAUUUCAAGCUGUGCAGUGUUCUAAUGAGAAGUGCCGGGAACCAGUCCUACGGAAAGACCUGAAAGAGCAUUUGAGUGCAUACUGUCAGUUUCGAGAGGAAAAAUGCCUUUAUUGCAAAAAGGAUGUGGUAGUCAUCAAUCUACAGAAUCAUGAGGAAAACUUGUGUCCUGAAUACCCAGUAUUUUGUCCCAACAAUUGUGCGAAGAUUAUUCUAAAAACUGAGGUGGGUGAACACCUGGCUGUAUGUCCUGAAGCUGAGCAAGACUGUCCUUUUAAGCACUAUGGCUGUGCUGUAACGGAUAAACGGAGGAACCUGCAGGAACAUGAGCAUUCAGCCUUACGGGAGCACAUGCGUUUGGUUUUAGAAAAGAACGUCCAAUUAGAAGAACAGAUUUCUGACUUACACAACAGCCUAGAACAGAAAGAAAGUAAAAUCCAGCAGCUAGCAGAAACUAUAAAGAAACUCGAAAAGGAGUUCAAGCAGUUUGCACAGUUGUUUGGCAAAAAUGGAAGCUUCCUCCCAAACAUCCAGGUUUUUGCCAGUCACAUUGACAAGUCAGCUUGGCUAGAAGCUCAAGUUCAUCAAUUAUUACAAAUGGUUAACCAGCAACAAAAUAAAUUUGACCUGAGGCCUUUGAUGGAAGCAGUUGAUACAGUGAAACAGAAAAUUACCCUGCUAGAAAACAAUGAUCAAAGAUUAGCUGUUUUAGAAGAGGAAACUAACAAACAUGAUACCCACAUUAAUAUUCAUAAAGCACAGCUUAGUAAAAAUGAAGAGCGAUUUAAACUGCUGGAGGGUACUUGCUAUAAUGGAAAGCUCAUUUGGAAGGUGACAGAUUAUAAGAUGAAGAAGAGGGAGGCGGUGGAUGGGCACACGGUGUCCAUCUUCAGCCAGUCCUUCUACACCAGCCACUGUGGCUACCGGCUCUGUGCUAGAGCAUACCUGAAUGGGGAUGGGUCUGGGAAGGGGACACACCUGUCCCUAUACUUUGUGGUCAUGCGAGGAGAGUUUGACUCACUGUUGCAGUGGCCAUUCAGGCAGAGGGUGACCCUGAUGCUUCUGGAUCAGAGUGGCAAAAAGAACAUUAUGGAGACCUUCAAGCCUGACCCCAAUAGCAGCAGCUUUAAAAGACCUGAUGGGGAGAUGAACAUUGCAUCUGGCUGUCCCCGCUUUGUGGCUCAUUCUGUUUUGGAGAAUGCCAAGAACGCCUACAUUAAAGAUGACACUCUGUUCUUGAAAGUGGCCGUGGACUUAACUGACCUGGAGGAUCUCUAGUCACUGUUAUGGGGUGAUAAGAGGACUUCUUGGGGCCAGAACUGUGGAGGAGAGCACAUUUGAUUAUCACAUUGACCUGGAUUCAGACUCAAAGCACAUUUGUAUUUGCCUUUUUCCUUAAUGUUUGAAGUCAGUUUAAAACUUCUGAAGUGCUGUCUUUUUACAUUUUACUCUGUCCCAGUUUGAAACUUAAAACUCUUAGAAUAUUCUCUUAUUAUUUAUAUUUUUAUAUUUCUUGAAAGAUGGUAAGUUUCUUGAAGUUUCCGGGGCAUUUCUCUUUUACUGGUUCUUAGCGCAGUGUCUCGGGCAAUCUAAAUAUUGAAUGUUAUGCAGGACAUAGAGGUAGCAGAAUUCCCAGUUGAAAAUGUUUUGAUAUUUUAUUGUUUGGCCUAUUGAUUCUAGACCUGGCCUUAAGUCUGCAAAAGCCAUCUUUAUAAGGUAGGCUAUGCCAGUUAAGUAAUGGGUGAUGUAGUUACAAAGAUAAUAUGCUCAGUUUGGACCUUUUUUUCAGUUAAAUGCUAAAUAUGUGAAAAUUACUAUACCUCUAAGUAUUUUCAUAAAAUUCACCAGCAGUUUGCAAGCACAGUUUUGCAAGGCUGCAUAAGAACUGGUGAAUGGGGUAAGCAUUUUCAUUCUUCCUGCUGAAGUAAAGCAGAAAGUACUGCAUAGUAUAUAAGAUAUAGCCAGCUAGCUAAAGUUCAGAUUUCAUUAGGUCCAACCCUAUGAAAAAAAGUAUUUUCAUAGGUCAAAAAUGGUAAAAAAUUAGCAGUUUCGUAAGAUUCAACCAAAUAAAUACACACACACACACACACACCUAUAUAUGUGUGUAUACAAACAGUUUGAAUGUAUUUUGGCAACAGUAAUAAUGUGAGGAUGGAUAGAAUUUAGUAUAUGAUAGAGAAAAUUUCCUAUGGGUGUCAGAAGUACUCUCAACGAAAACUGAUGGCUAAAACAGUAUCUACUACUCUCUGAUAACUUUUAUUUUUUGAGACAGAGUUUCGUUAUCACCCAGGCUGGAGUGCAGUGGCGUGAUCUCAGCUCACUGCAACCUCUGCCUCCUGAGUUCAAGUGAUUCUCCUGCCUCAGCCUCCUGAGUAGCUGGGAUUACAGGCGCCCGUCACCACACCCAGCUAAUUUUUGUAUUUUUAGUAGAGACGGAGUUUUGCUACGUUGGCCAAGCUGGUCUCAAACUCCUGACCUCAAGUGAUCUGCCCGCCUCGGCCUCCCAAAGUGCUGAUAUUACAGGCGUGACCCACCACGCCAAGCCUCUGACAACUUUUGAAUUUGUAAGCUGCUAUGCAAAUGGGCAUUUAUAUAAACUUGUAAUGUUUCUUGUCAGAAUUCUGAGUACUUUGUGAAGAACAGAAAUGAUCAUGUUCUUAUGCAUCUAUCUGUAUGGGUCUGAAGGUGUAUAUACAAAUUGAGAUGAGUCCUUAUGACUCUUGAUAAGCCUGAGUUUAACAACAAAAAUGCCAAGUUGUCCUGAGCCCUUCUGCAUUGUUAUGCCACUUCCCUACUGCUCAUAUGCACGCUGGCUCCCCUGGGCAUGCAAGGAUGAGUAUGGGCCACAGGCCCCUGUAGAACUGCUUACCUGGUGAUGACCGUGCACCUUACAAUUUCUGAACAGUUAACCCUAUAGAAGCAUGCUUUAUAUGAGUGUCUUCUGGGAAGAGGAACCUUCUUAAUCUCUUCUGUGGGAUUUUCAAAAUGCUAAAGACUCACACUGCAGCAAUCAUCCCAGAUGAUUAAAUUCAAAGAAAUAGGUUCACAACAGGAAUAUACUGAAGAACUAGAGUAUCGCUGCUGGUGAACUGUGGCACAGCUGAUGCCCAACACAUCACCUCGGACAAAUUCGGGAAGGAUUUCUUUAGCCCACAAGGCCAGACCCCGGUGCUCCGUGUGUUUUUUACUGUUCUUCAUCAUGUCCAAGUUCACUCUGUCUUCCUGAGUGGUGGUAGAUCAUAUUGCUGUAACUCCUUUUAAGUAGUUGAUGUGGAAAACAUUUUAAAGUGAACUUGUCAAAAUGCUGGUUUUGUGUUUUAUCCAACUUUUGUGCAUAUAUAUAAAGUAUGUCAUGGCAUGGUUUGCUUAGGAGUUCAGAGUUCCUUCCUCAUCAAAAUAGUGAUUAAGUGAUCCCAGAACAAGGAAUUCUAGAGUAAAAACCACCCCUUUUUCACAAAA